AUGUUGACUCCACCUAAUGCUUUGAAUCCAAGUAGUGUCACCAUUGAAGACCAAGAAUUUGAAGAAUAUGAAGAACCUCCUGUUUUUAGAAAGGGGAGUAUAUUCACUAGUAGCUCUUCUGGCUCCGCCUAUGUUGCACCAGAUGAAUUAAGCCCUAGAGAACUCGACCGCCUUCUUAGGCUGGCUAAAGAUAAGGUGCUUGAUGCCCUAAUUGGUUACUUAAAAGCAACGGAUACCGAUGCUGGAAGGUUUGCCAAGGAAAUUUGUGAUGCGAUUUUGGCAAAAUGCCUUAUUGGCGGCCAAAGGCAGUUGAGAAGGCACAUACGGUGUUAA